UGUAGAGUGGACAUUUGCAAUAACAUCCUUAGUUAGUACACCUUUCUCCCUCCUUCGUUUCCUUAUUUCUCACUCAAACUUUCCAUAUUUGUUUAUGGUGCCACUACAGAGAUCUCGUCUCUCUUUCUAGUGGCUGACUCAACAUCUUCAUCAAUCUCAAUAAAAACACUUUAAAUCACUUCAAUUCUAAACUACCCAUUUCAAUUCUUCUGCUUCUCUCCUUUUGUUCUUGGGACGGUUGGGGGGUUAAUUUUAAUAAAUUAACACCCGUACUUUAAAUCUAUGUUUGGAGGUCAAGUGAUUGCUCCUAACAAUAGUCCACAUUUGAGGAAGUCUGGUAGCCGACCUGUUGUCUUUGAUCUUGUUGGUGAUCAGGGAAAUGGUUCGGACGACGGUUUCGUGCAUUCGAUAGAGUCUAACAAUAUGAAGAGUGUGAUUUCACCGAUUAGUGCUGUUGCUAUAAUGCCUUCUCCAGUGUUGCUGUGGAGAUUCAAGGUACUGUUGUUCUUCCUUUGGGGUUUCAUUUGCGGCAAGACUGGAUGGGAUUCUGUCAUGAGAAUGAGCAUAGACUUGCGGGACCUCUUCCUAUAUGAAGCAUUUUUGUAUUAUAAUCCUCUUCUUCUUGUGACGAUGAUGGUUUGGCUUUGGGGAGUUAAUUUAUGGGUUUUUUCCCAAUCUACAGUUAGUUAUGCAAAAAUAUUUGACCUUGAUCAAAAUCAUCUUACCCACGCAGAGAUAUGGAAGGUUGCCACAUGGAUGACUAUCAUUGUCCCAACUAGCAUGACAGCAUAUCUUUACCUUUAUUCUCAUGGAGAAGUAUCAUUGGCUGCAUCACAACCAGUCCUUUUAUACUUUGCUAUUUUGAUGGUUCUGAUAUUCCCUUUUGAUAUUUUUUAUUUAUCAUCGCGCUACUACCUGUUAAGAACUCUUUGGCGGAUAGUUUUCCCUCUACAGGCAAUUACUUUCUCUGACUUUUUCUUAGCUGAUAUUUUGACCUCAAUGUCAAAGGUGUUUUCAGAUUUGGAGCGUUCAGUAUGUCGAAUGGUUCAUCGACAGGUUGCCACCAUUGCAUGGUUUGAAGCUGAUUCUAUUUGCGGGAGUCAUUCCAUUGCAAUUCCUUUAGUUCUCGUUUUACCGUACAUUUUUCGAUUGUUCCAAUGCCUUCGCCAAUACAAGGAUACUAGGGAGAGAACUUCUCUCUUUAAUGCUUUAAAAUAUUCAACCGCAGUGCCAGUGAUUUUUCUCUCGGCCCUGAAAUAUCAUGUCUUCCCUGAUAGGUGGACAGGCUUUUACCGGCCUCUCUGGCUUCUAUCAAGUGUUUUGAACUCAUUGUAUUCAUUCUACUGGGAUGUAACACGGGACUGGGACUUGAGCGGCUUCACUCGAAUCUUCAAGUUCAACAAACCAAAUUUCUGGUCAUAUAUACUACAUGGACAGAAAUGGGUUUACUUUUGGGUGAUAGGAAGUAAUUUGAUUCUGCGGUGCACAUGGACAUACAAACUCUCUGCCCAUCUUCGUCAUAAUUACCUAACUUUAUUCAUGAUUGCUGCCUUGGAAAUGGUCCGUCGGUUCCAGUGGGUGUUUUUCCGUGUCGAAAAUGAGUGGAACAAAAUGACAUCCAAGUCGGGUAUUCAGCUUCAGAUGAAUGAAAUCUCAAAUGAAGAAACCAAGCUGCUAGCUCCUAGUGACCAUAAUGUAUAGACAACAAAUGAUAUUAUAUUAUAUUUUUAUUGCUAGGAGCAACAUGGAGGUUCUGAAUGGGUCUCCUCCAUAUUUUUGCAAAACAGGAUUAUAAGCAGUCCCAUUUUAGUUUCAAUUCAUACCAUUUAUUUUGUGUUCAUACAGGAUUAGACUGUCAAAAUUUGACAAUGGUACAUAUUAUUCUGAUCAUAAUAUGUUUUCGAUGUAAUACAGCUUCAAGAGCAGAAUGUUCUGCCUGCAAA